AGAGAGUUGCAUGUGGUGUUACAAUAUAAAGGAACGUGUCGACAGCAAUGCAUUGUUAACCUGCACAUCUUUAACAGUUUCAGUUGUUACUUAUAAUAAUCAUGGCUUACAAUGGAAAUCUUAUAUGUAUCUCUUACAGUAUAUUAUCUCUGGAUCCCUGGCUGUUGCAGCUGAGAAUACCCCCAGAAGAGAUCUGGUGAAGGCAUGUUUAGGAAUGAACAUUGUCAGUUCUGUUUUUGCUGGAGUUGGAUCUAUUCUCUAUUCAAUAAGAGUGUCCGUAGUACCUUUCCAAAUGGUUUACUUCAACACACCUCUAUAUGUAGGCAUUCUGGCAGUUCUUCUGGUGCUGAACAUUUUGGAGAUGUGCAUCACUAUCACUACAUCAGCAUUUGGAUGCAAAUCUGAAUGUCGUUACAUUGCCAUGCCAGAAGUUGCUUUUCAACAGGCAUGAAUCCAGUGACCUGGGUGCAGAUUUGCUCAAUCGAACUAUAAGAAGCAUUCGGUCAAGAAGACAACUGUCCCUCCGCCUCCUCUAGCAAAGCUUAGCCAGCGCUAAAGACUUCAUCUCUGCAAGGUGUUAUUAUCAGAACAAGUUAAACAACAAUGAAAUCCUCCCAUGUGUAAACUGUUGGGGAAUUUGUAUUGAUAUGAAAAUGAAAACGUGUUCAUUUGUUUUGGAUCAUUUGCUUGUUUUGCUUAUAUUUUCAAUAAGAUCAUUUGUAUUUAAAAGCUGAAAUGUUUCACAUGUUCAGUUAUGAUAUUGGUUUUAUAUUUUAAUGUUUUCAGUAACAAUAAUGAAAAAGAAACAUGGUAGGCAAAUGGUAUAUGGAAGUGAUACAUUGAGAUAUGUUUAGGUGUUUAUUGCUUUGCUUAA